AUAGAACCGCAUAAAGUUGUCAAAGAGUGUGAAGUCUGAGAAAUGACUAUGGGGGGAGACUGGAAAGCCUGGGACGAAGACGCUUAUAGAACCACCAUUAUCCAGGAGAGAGAGAGUCAAUGUCGCACAGUCUUCAGAACUGCAUUCGCUCCUUCUUUUAACCCUAACCCCGACAUCAUUGUAGCUGCCACUAGCGGCGGCAGCAUCGCCACCUACUCCAUCUCAUCUUGCCUUUCUCCUCAGUUGCAGACUUCGAGCUUUGGCGGUCAGAACUUUUGUAGCUUGUUGAUAGCUGAACCUCGUUGCUUAAUUCAAGGGCACUGUGGGCCUACUUACGAUGUUAAAUUUUAUGGAGAUGGAGAUGAUGCUUUACUCUUCAGUUGUGGUGAUGAUGGUCGUAUUCGAGGAUGGAGGUGGAGAGAGUUGUCUGAAACAACAGAAGCACAUAUUCACUUACAAGAUGACAUCAAUCCAAUACUUGACUUGGUGAAUCCUCAGCACAAAGGUCCUUGGGGUGCUCUUUCUCCUAUCCCCGAAAACAAUGCCAUUGCUGUUGAUACCCGGAGUAGAUCCAUCUUUGCUGCUGCAGGCGAUUCUUGCGCGUAUUGUUGGGAUGUGGAGAAAGGGGAAGUCAAAAUGGUUUUUAAGGGGCAUUCUGACUAUUUGCACUGUAUAUUGACACACAAUUCUGGGAACCAGAUUAUUACUGGUUCUGAAGAUGGGACAGCAAGAUUAUGGGAUUGUAGAACUGGAAAGUGUAUUCAAGUAAUUGACCCUGGAAUGGACAAGAAGCUGAAUGGGUUAUUUCCUUUUAUGAGUAGUAUUGCCCUUGAUAACAGUGAAAACUGGUUGGUUUGCGGCAAUGGCCGGACUUUAACUAUGUGGAGUCUUCUUGCUCGUGAGUGUAUCACAAGGAUAUCUACAAAUGCUUCGAUACAAGAUUUAAUGUUCACUAAUAAUCAGGUCUUAGCAGCUGGAGCAGAUCCAUUGCUCACUAGAUAUGACAUGAACGGGAGUAUUCUUUCUCAGAUACAAUGUGCACCUCAGUCUGUGUUUUCCAUUUCUUCGCAUCCCUCCGGUGUAACAGCAGUAGCUGGUUAUGGAGGUUUAGUGGAUGUUAUAUCCCCGUUUGGAAGCCACUUCUGCUCAUUCCGAUGCGGUUACCCCUUGUAAGGUUUUGUCUAUACGCAUUUAGCUCUUUUUCUUAUGAUUAUUUAAGGAAUAAUGUAGUAAAUCAUGAUGGAAAUAGCUUUUAUGAAUGUAUUUUAUUAUUUCA